CCCGCCGACCUGUGCUGGCUGGCGGACAGGGGCAUCCUGGUGGCUUCCGACUCCGGUGCGGUGGAGCUCUGGGAGCUGGAGGAGAAGGAGAGCCUGAUCGUGAACAAGUUCUGUAAAUACGAGCACGAUGACAUCGUGACGUCGGUGUCUGUGCUGGCUGGCAGCAGCCAGGCUGUCAGCGGGGGCAGGGACUGCUGCGUGAAGGUCUGGGACAUCCCGGAGCAAACGGUGCUGCACUCCUACAGAGCUCACUCCGACGCAGUGACAUGUGUGGCUUCCUGUCCUGGUAAGGACACUGUGUUCCUGUCCUGUGCUGAGGACAACAGAAUUUUACUCUGGGACACCCGAUGCCCCAAACCAGCUACCCGAAUUGUUUGCAGUGCCUGUAAUUACCUCCCUACCUCAGUCUUGUGGCAUCCACAGAAAAGUGACAUCUUUGUCUUGGGUGAUGAAAGUGGAAGAGUUGCACUGGUGGACACAAAGAAUCCUGACUCUGCCCUCAGCGCUGAGGUGCACUCCCAAGGCAUCACAGGCUUUGCUUUCUCUGCACACAGUUCACCCUUACUGGCUUCCAUCAGUGAAGACUGUUCAGUUGCUGUUCUUGACUCAGACCUCUCAGAGGUGUUCAGAAACCGUUCUCAUCGAGACUUUGUAAAAGGCUUGUCCUGGUCUCCUUCAGACGAUGCCUUGCUCACUACAGUUGGAUGGGAUCAUCAGGUUAUACAUCACACUGUCCCCCUCCCAGCUGCUGAACCUUCUGGAAUCAACUGUGUAAAAGAAUAGUUUUAUAAACUCGCGGUCCAAGUUCCUAGCUGGCAUCACUUUGAUCCUGCUGAAGUCACAGGUGUGCGAGCUGGAGUGGGCUCUGGUGUCUGCCUCAAAGCUUGUGGCUAAGAAGGUUCCUGUAGUAAUUUUUAAUUUUGCUUAAGUUAGUUACAAACCAAGCUUUACCCUGUCCUCAGGAGUGGCUUCUCCUGUAAUAAAAUACUUCGGUUUGACUCAGAAAAAAUUGACUUCAGGCGCAGAGGAGACUUAGACAGGGAAUUAGGUGUAGUGAAAAAAGAAAUAAAGUCAAAAAGACUUGAUUCUUCCCUCAGUUCUCCACACUACCCAUGGAAUUAUCAGAAGCUUUUGGGGGAGGUUAGCAACACGCCUCUUGUUGGGUAGAUGUGAGAGCCUCACCCUUGAGCAGAGCUUUUUGCUGUGUAAAUCAGGUAGAAUGAAAAGACCUGUUGGGAUUCAAGGGCUGGAAGGGUUCCAGCACUGUCCCUAGGGCAGCACGUGGGGGAGAGGAUGGAGCCUCUGGUGAGCACUGGUGUCAAAUCCCAGUGCUUGGGGUUGGGAUGAAGGAUCCCAGCCAGAGCCCUGCAGUUAAACACCUUUGGGAAGGUGCUGGAGUCCUGGGGUGCCCAGCACGUGGUGCAGUGCUCUGACCAUGGGCCACCUCCGCUCUGCUGAAGGGUAAGGCCUGUGAACAAAAGGUUUCUGUGAGGGCAAAACUGGACUAAGGACUUGGGUUGUCAUUUGCUUGUUCCUGUACCAGACUCUGCUUAGUGAUAACCCAGACCCACACACUUGUGACAAGUGACUUCUGGUGCUGGCACUGAGGGGAGGGGACAUUGUCCUACCCCCAGCCCCGACUCCACAGAACCCACAGAGGUGUUUUUGUCAAAUGCCACGUGCAUUUCUCUGGAGAAAGUCACUGCUCUGCAUGCAUUGCUGCUGCUCUCGUUAUGGCUUGGUCUGGUCUAGUAUUUCCUAGACAGAAUUAAGCAAGUCCUGACCGAUGAAACAAAAAUACUGUUGAAAUGAAUGUUACCCCCAGUUCUUUAGUAUGAUAGCGGCAUUUAAAUGUACACUGCUUCCAGUUUUUACUCUGCAUACACAUAGGUUUAGUUGUGCAAAGCCCACAAUUAAUUUUUAGGCAGACUAAGCUUUCCCAGGCUCUGUACUUUUCUCAUACUCCUUGUAAACCUCCCUGCUUUUGAAAUUCCUGUGUCAUACAGGUGUUCACAGCAACUUCCUGUUCUAGGGCUGUGUACGACAAAUAUAAAUGAUGAUAAAAACU